AUGCCUCUCGCCGACUUCUUCAAGCUGAAGACCGGAGCAAAGAUCCCAGCUGUGGGCUUUGGGACAUGGCAGGCAGCUCCCCAUGAGGUCGAAAAGGCUGUGGAAGAGGCAUUAAGACAGGGUUACCGUCACAUCGACUGCGCAGCGAUCUACCGAAACGAGAAUGAAGUCGGCGCCGGCAUCAAAAAGUCUGGUGUGAAGAGAGAUGAGAUCUUCCUGACUGGCAAGCUGUGGAACACCAAGCACCGACCUGAGGAUGUUGAGGCAGCGCUGGACAAGUCGUUGAAAGAUCUCGGGACGGACUACUUGGAUCUGUAUCUUAUGCAUUGGCCAGUGGUCUUCACCCCAGGCGACAAAUGGUUCCCGCUCGACGACGAAGGCGUCUUCAAACUCUCCGACACCCCUAUCGAAGAGACCUACAACGCCAUGGCAAAGCUCCUCUCCACCGGCAAAGUCAAGGCCAUCGGCGUCUCCAACUUCAACAUCCGCCGACUCGAAGACCUCCUCAGCAAGACCUCCGUCGUCCCGGCUGUCAACCAGAUCGAAGCCCACCCAUACCUCCAACAGCCCGAGCUGACGCAGUUCUGCAAAGAAAAGGGCAUUCUCGUAGAAGCAUACUCGCCCCUUGGAAACAACCAGACCGGCGAGCCACGCACAGUCGAUGAUGCGAAAGUGCACGAGGUGGCGAAGCAAUUAGACAUGGACCCAGGCACUGUUCUAGGGAGCUGGGGCGUUCAGCGCGGCACGGUCGUCCUUCCGAAGAGUGUGACUCCCUCGAGAAUCGCCACCAACCUCAAGGUCAAGGAGCUUCCGCAAUCUGCGUUCGAUGAGCUGAAUGCUUUGGAGAGGCACAAGCGCUUCAACAACCCCAAGAGGUGGGGAGUGGAUAUAUUCGGUGAGGAUGGGGAGGAGACGGUCAAGAAGAUUGCGAAGGAGAGUGCGGCGGAGAAUAAGGUGAAGUUUACAGUCUAG